AUGAGUGACCAAGGAGCUGGUGGCCACCAGCAAAAUCUCCCCUAUCGCCCUCCUUCUCCUGGUCCACCUCCUCCUGCGACACCUCAGCCCGCCCAGAUUCCCCUGAGCAGUUAUUCUUCUUUAACUAACUGGGCCGGAGGCGCUACGGAUCUUCACCACCAGCCGCCUCCUCCUGCGACACCUCAGCCGCCGCCGUCGCCGUCACCUCCUCCUGCGAUACCUCAGCCCGCCCAGAGCCAUGGGGUCCCCCAGAGUAGCGGUUCUCCUUUAGCUAACUGGGCCGGAGGCGCUACGAAUCUUCAGGCCACAGAGCCUGCGAGUAGCAGCAAUCAAGCACUACCACAAGGUGAACCAUCUUCUUCGAAUCCACAUUCGGCUCCUGCUCCGUCCCGCCUUGGUCCCGUCCGCCCUGGUCCGGCCGAAGCUGGUCCUUCCCGCCUUGGUCCAGCCGAAACUGGCUCUGGUGUCUAUCCUAAUUUACGGGCCCGAAAGAGGAGACCCGGCCUACCAAGUGCAAAAAACGUGGCAUUGAGUGUGUUUGGGACACGGAGGUUACGGCUAAGGGAGCGUCCACACCCUUGCCAUACCCUUGCAAGCGGUGCGACGCAAGAACAAUAUUUUGUAACCGCGGCAGACCCAGCUGCCUCUCUUGCAACCAGGCAAAUGAACAGUGCGUAUACGACCGGUCGGUGGUGGAAAAGACGCCGGCUCAUCCAAGGAGGGGCGUCCGCAGAAUACCUUGCGAUUACUGUGCAACCACCAGCAACAGAAUUUGCGACGAACAAGACCCCUGCUAUUUCUGUCAGAUCUUUCAUAAACAAUGCACAUACAACGGCGCUCGAAGACUCUUAUGACUUUAACUUGAUCUUGCUCUCAAACGCCAGACACAAGGAGCUUCGUGGAGCUGUUCUCUGUAACACGGCGGGUCAAGGGAGUUACGGAGGUUGGAUGGAGCCUCGAGUCGGAGGGGCAGACAUUGGGGGACUGAAUAUUUUGCAGUAA